UAUAAAGCUAGCGACAACGCAGAGCUACUCAUUGUUCUCCUCUCAUCCCGGAUUGCAGACGUACUCAACCACAAGCACUUGAGGUAUCUGAGUGCCUUUUCAUAGUCACUAUCAUGAAACACGUCUCUCAUCCGAGUAUUCGCCGGGACUUUGUGCCUGAUGUCGUAGAUCUGGGGCCAGUUUUUAUUGACUACAACCUUCAAGUUCCUCAGCACUCGCCGCAGCAAACAUCUCGGCGCGUAUACGAGUCACAUCGUUGGAGUUCGGCAUCCCAUACUAUGUCACAGGACCCACUCUGCUUCGCUAGUACAUCAAUUUAUCCGUCGCAGAUUUCACCAAUCCCACUCGUCCCUAUUGCCAGUGUGCAGACAGUGUCAUCGUCUGCCGCGGUGAUGAACUCGAACGUAAUAUCCACGACGAAUGGUAUCGACGUCUCCCAGCCUCCCUAUUACCCAUGGGAUGCUACGGCAAGUUACUUCGGCGGCCCCGCUUCGGCCGACUCAGAUUUUCACUGUACCAGGAGUGAUAGUAGUAUGUUCCUAAACCAGGCUUGGCCGUCGGCUGGCCUGGUUACUACUGCGCAUGGAGACGCGCUCGUAAUGCCUGAAGAUCCAAUACAACGUGUUGCAGAGGCCAACCUCCUCCUCGACACCCUUGGGGAAAGUGGAAUAAAUUCAGUUGCCAGUGCGCCGCAGACGUCAAGUCCGGUGGAUGGCGUGGCGUCGCACGUCAUCUGCGAAUGGGGGGACUGUUUUGAGAAAAUAGAGCGCACCAAGAACGCGGUGAUGCGGCAUCUCCAGUCGGUGCACUCUGGAGUCGCUCGUAGUGUCACCGAAGGCAAUCGCAUGCGUUGUCUGUGGAUAGGUUGCAAGCAUACAACCACAAUGCAUGCGACCAAUAUCUGGCGACACGUGUACGAGAGGCAUGCGCACGUCGUAGAGCGGAUGAAAUGCCCGUAUUGCGAACAAGACUUCACCCGCAAAGGAUCCUUGGAAAGGCAUAUGCGAAGGGCUCAUUAUGUGGAUAUCGCAAGUUAAACACGUUUCAAUCAUGAAGACUGCAGGCUUUGACACGACAAGCAGUCAUACCAGUGGGUAGAGCCAAAUCGGGCCCUCAUAGUAUCUCAUUCGUGCUAUGUAUUUAUGUCACCGCCCAUCUCUCGGUAUUCGAGUUUGACUCUCUUCUCUGCCUCCGAUAGAUGGGCCACAAAGAUAUGUUGACCAGAGAUACGUACAGUCUGUGAUGUGGGCACCCUAAUCCGUGACUUCAGUGUAUAUCAAAG